AGCUCGUGGCAGUUCAUUAUUGUUGCAUGGCGCAAUUUAAUAAUUGUAUUCAAACCAAGUUUGUCGUGUAUUAGAAACGAAUUCUUUGUAAAAUGGAGAACAAUUCCACCAAUACACAACUACUCAAAAACCCAAUAUCGUUUGCAGAUCUCAUCGAUGAGGGCGCACAGUUUGAGGUCGAUAGUGCUGAUGUUAAUAGCAUGGUUUAUGAUGACUUCUGUUGUGAUAAUACAGACAAUGAUGAAACUGUUGGCGAUAUUAAGAAUGAAGACUUGGUUUCUCCAUGGAUACGCCCAUUUUCCGAACUUCGUAUGCUGAUGCAAUGCAUUAGUGAACAUAUUUACAAACGAGUCGUAAGAGAGGGCAAUACAGAACUUGGACUUGUUCCGAACAAAGCGCGUGUAGCAUUGCGGUAUAGCGCUUACUGGGAAGGCGAAGGAGCACCAUUUGAUUCUUCGUUACUUCGCGGUACUAAGUAUGAAUUUGAAACAGGGCAAGAUGAGGUUGUAGUAGGCCUUGAAGCUGCUGUGCGCACCAUGUAUCCUUACGAGCAAGCAGAGUUUAUAAUAUCUUAUAAGUUGCUAUUUCUUGAACUUGGAUGCCCACCCCGUAUUAGGCCACGUGCCGACGGACUGUUUAAAAUUGAAGUGCUGAGUUUUGCAUUGGUCGGCAAUGUACAAGCUUUGGAGCAGAUCCAGCCUGAGGAUAAAGAUAAAUUUGUUGUAAUAUAUCCAAAAGCUAAAGAGAUACAGCUGCAUGGAAAAGAUUGCGUUAAGCGAGGUGCAUUUCAUAACGCCAUCUCAGCAUUUGAGCGUGCCAUCUCUGCAUUAAAUUAUUGUCGCACCUCUGACAUCCAUGAAGAAAGUAAACAGACGGAGCUUCUUGUUACUCUUUAUACGAAUUUAAUGAUUUGCUACAAUAAACUUAACAAGCCUCAGCGAGUGUGUAUUAUGAUGAAAGCUAUAAGACGUUUAACUAUGGAUCAGCCAUCAUGUAAGGCUUUGUUCCAAGAAGGACGAGCUUUAGUGGCAUUGGGAGAAUACAAAUGUGGACGCCAAGCCUUUUUACAAGCACAAGCUAAGCAGCCAAAUAAUACGGAAAUCAGUGCUGAGAUUAUCAAUGUAGACAAACGAAUUUUAAAAUAUCAACGAGAUUCCAGUGAGAUAUGGUCCCGUGCUUUACGCACGAAAGAGGAAAUUCUUUCUUCGGAGAAGAAACAAAAUAAUUGUGCUUUAGACAAUAUCGGUGUUAAGCCGCAAAUAAAAAAUGAAUUUGAUAAAAUCCUUAAAGAUUUUUCAAAAGCACCGCUAAAGUCGCUUAGCUUAGCCAGACAUAUGUUUACGGAAAAAGAAUUUCGUGUGCUACGUCAGUUGGCUUUGGAAAAUAAUAUGAGCUUGAACCUGUCGCCCAUUGAUAAAAAUCGUCUUACAUUACAAAAAUUUUAAAAUUUUUCUAAACAGGGUAGAGCACCUAUGCUUUUAAGGCGCUAACUGUUACUUCACUUCAAAAGUUUAUUAAAUUUAUCAAUUAAUAUAAAUGUUAUUGUUAGAAUAGAAGCUGCGGAUCAAUUGUGAUUUGCUUAAAAUGGAUAGAACACAUUCUUAGUU